AUGACCGACAGUUACUAUACGGGCAAAUUUGACACUACUACUAUCAUCGUCACUAUCACCUCGGCGCUGUCUUUGUACAAUGCAUUAGAGCUCAUUCUGCUGAUCUUCACAACUUUCGCCGUCUACCGCGGCCUCUACUUCUGGUCGCUACUGGUAGCAACGACGGGACUGGUCCCUUACAUCGUCGGGCUGAUCUUGCUCUACUUCCGGGUGACCGCCAGUGUCGUUGGCCUAGUCAUCAACAACUAUGGCUGGUGGACGGCCAUCACAGGCCAGAGUGUGGUACUAUACUCACGACUGGGAAUUGUGCUGGGAAAAGGCAACGACCGGAUCCUGAAGUACGUCAAAUGGAUGAUCAUCAUUGACGCCAUUUGCUUCCAUACUACAACAACUGUGGUCGUCUUUGGAUCUUAUUAUGCCUCGCCACCUGCUCAGGCACCCUUCUCUCGCGCCUACACCUACGUGGAAAAGAUCCAGAUGACGGGCUUCUGCAUUCAGGAAUUCAUCAUCUCCGGGAUCUACCUAUGGAAGACGAUGGAUAUAGUCAAGGCUCAAACCCAGCCCGCCGCCUCCUCAAUAAACACGUCUGAGCAGAAGAAAAAGAGGCGUGUUCAUCGAGUGAUGACCCAGCUAUUCGUCAUAAACAUCGUUAUAAUCUGCUUGGACAUCGCUCUGCUGGUCAUUGAGUACAAGAACCUGCACAUUCCUGAGAUUGCAUUCAAAGGAUUCUGCUACUCGGUAAAGCUGAAACUCGAGUUCGCAGUUCUCAGUAAACUGGUAGAGGUCGCAGGCAUCAAGAACCCGAGGACGCUGAGCCUGAGCAAUACUUUCGAUCUCACUUCCAAUGACAGGACCGAUAGCCUUCCUACCGUGAACGGUAACGGGGAUUUUGUUGAUCAAAGUUACAGAUCGGCCAACUCUAAGCUAAGAGGCUUGUCUGCAGCCGAAAGUUCGUCGCCGCCAGAGUGGAUGGACGACCUCAAGAAGAGCUCCUCUCGGCACGUUGAUGACGUGGAGAUCGAUGCUGAGAAAGGCCGACAACAGAGCUCAUCAUCGUUUGACGCGAUUGAACGAGGACAGGGCAAUAUCUCUGCCCUUGUCCCCGGCAAUGUAUCGGAAUAUCCUCAUCAUCGGCGCGUAAGGAGAGAAUCUGAACUUCUCUAUGCAGAUGCCAUCCGGGAAAUGGCACGGAAAGGCUAG